AUGGACGUCAUUCUGAGUGGACAAGUAUCCUCUGUGGGACGUACAUCUCUUGAAGUUUGUAUCGAAAUUAGUACUGCAGAUUCUGCCAAAGAUUUGAUACUGGAAUGCUUCUUCGUCAUGGCUGCCAGAGAUAAGGCAGGAAAGGGUGUCGAAUUGCCAAAAUUAGAGCUGAAUGCAGAUAUGCAACGCAAAAGCGCAGAGAGGAAGGCGAAACGCAAGCAGGAGGCACAUGAUGUUUCUGAAACGAUGAAGAAUGGCUUGACCGCUGCCGAGUUUCAGUUGCUGCACGAGUACAUCACGAGUGCGGGCAAGAAGUACAAGAGCAGCACUCCCAUGAAGGAUACUGAGCUGAGUGCCGUAAAAAUAACCGAACCCCAGCAACGUAAUACAAAUAAUCGCAUCUUUGGCGGGUACUUGAUGCGAGAGGCUUUCGAAGUCGCACACGCUGUCGCUAUCGAGUUUGCAGGUCCGAGUGCACGCCCUUUUUGCAUGUCUGUGGAUGAGAUUACGUUCAUCAAACCGGUUGAAAUCGGGUCAUUGGUAAAAUUUAAGGGCAAGGUUGUGUAUACAGGGAUCAGUAAGAAGGCGAUGCAAGUAAAAGUGAAGACAUAUAUACACAAUCUCAAUACGCUCGAACGAUAUACAUCGAAUGAGUUCCGCUUCACGUUUGCCAGUGAAGUGCCCUUACCGACAGUCAUCCCAAGCACUUUCGUUGAGGGCAUGAACUUCCUAGAUGGAAGGCGCAGCCACAGACGGUGUAAGCAAUUGGCAAAGGAGCAAAAGUCAGCGCUGCAGGACAACUACUAG